AUGGCGCCUGUCGACCUGUUACCGUACAAGCUUAACAUGCCAAAUGUGCCUCUCACGCUCCCAGGGUGCAGAAUUCCGUCGAAACUCUCCCUACAAGAAACCCCAACAGAGCAAAUCGAGCUCGACAUUAACGGGACAACACUUUAUCGAGCGGAGGUUGUCUGUGACCUGCGCCGGCUCAAGGACAGCCUGGGGGACCAAUUCUUUCCCGUGCAGUUGCGUUGGAAGAACGUUGAUGCUCCUGCCGAGGAGGGCGUGGCCGGUUACCUCUGCUGGCUGUGCCAGAGCAUGCGGCAUCAGCACAUGCGCGAGUACCACGCUUCAGAACCUCUAUCCGAUGUAGAAACCAUACUCCGACAUACUUUUCUGGGCCACACCGAGUACGACGUGCAUGUCAAGGCGGCACACCUCGCCGAUCGCAUGCGCUGGGACGUGGCCGGAAAGAUGUUCGCGUCUUUUCACUUGUGGCUGUCGACAAAGGCGGUAGCAGGCAAACUUCUGCGUGAAGCACUCCCCCCUGGGUUCACGGCUGAAACCUCGUUGGAUUCCAUGGUAUGGGGAGAGUUUCCUCCCAUCUUUGAUUCAUUUUGUUCUUCAUCUCCCGAGGAGGAGAAUAGCGGCCGAUGA